AUGCCUGCAGCGACGGUGGACGCGAGGAAAUUGCACUCGCAUGAGGCCCAGAAGGACACAGGGGAACUGGUGAUGCCCUCAGUCCUCUCUCGUGUCAGUCACGGUCAUUUCACGUGCUGGCAGGACCUCAAGUCCCCUUCGGGGAGCCCGACUAGCGCCAUCCGCGGAGAUCCUCGGGCAAUAAAGGCGAUCACCAGCGCAACCAUCACAACACUUCCACUCGUCGCAAUUCCCCCUCGACCCUUCCGCUCCCUGCCCCACGGAACUAUGUCCUAUGCCGUGGAGACCAAGAAGCGCAAAUUCCACCGAGUGCUGGAGUCAUUGACGAAAUCCUCCAACCCCGAGCCUCCGUCCAAACCGGCUCCCCAAACACCACCCCGGGAAUCCACCACCUCCGCGGACCUGUCAGCAAAAAAAGCCCGGUUGACCGGCGGCCAGAAUGGAACAGAUCUCGCAUCGGCACGGAAAACGAUCUUGACGGUGGACCGACCUGGUUCUCGCGAUUCGAACCCCCCCCGACCGACGUUUGUGCCCUGGGAUCGCGAGCGGUUCCUCGAGCGGCUGGCGACGUUUCGGCGCGUGGAUCGCUGGUCCCCGAAACCGCCGGCAAUCAGCGAGGUGGAGUGGGCGAAACGAGGUUGGAUCUGCUCCGAUGUGUCCAGAGUGACCUGUGUGGGAGGAUGCGGGGGCUCGGUUGUUGUCAAGCUGCCGGACGAGCUGGACGAGUUGGAUGGAUAUGAUGGUGAAAAAGUGGAAGAGAGGAGGGAAGUUCGCGACCGACUCGUCAACGAGUAUGUUGAUCUCGUCGUUCAAGGACAUGGCGAAACCUGCCCGUGGCGGAACAAGGGUUGCGAUGCUACCAUCCAUCGCCUGCCCUUAGCAAACCCCGAUACCGCCAUAUCCAACCUUCGCACCCGCUACUCACAUCUCAGCAAAAUGGCCACGCAGCUACCGGAAUACGAAGUCCUGCAGACCCCCGAAUCGUACAAAUUAGAGGAAAUCAGCAAGACACUAUCAACUGCAGGCUUCAGCGACUCCGAAACAAACGCAGAGCCCACAGAGCCACAGACCCCCCGCAAACAAACCGCAGGUGCCGAAAGUCCUAAAAAGACCGAAGACUCAACCCAGAAGGAACCGACCAUCAACCGCACGGCGUUUGUCCUGGCCUCGUUCGGCUGGGACAGCGUCUCCGAUGGAGCAGCUGGACUGGCCGAAUGCAGCGCAUGCUUCCGACGAUUGGGACUGUGGAUGUACAAACCGAAACAAAACGGCGAUAGCGCCAUCUACGACGCCUUGGACGCGGCUAACGAACACAUGGAAUACUGUCCCUGGAUUAACGGAAGAGCACAAAGCGGUACAGGCAAGACCUCGCAGAAAUCAGACGAGUUGCACAGCGGAUGGCAGAUCUUGGUGCAAGCGCUGAAGGUGAAGCAUCGUCGUCGGGUCCGCUCCAUUGCUUCCGUGGCUAGUUUUGCGGUCUCGGAAUCGCCCUCGACGGAUGAUCCCGUGGUCGAUGACGCCAAUGUCGAAGCUAAGAAGGUAUCGGAUCGGGAAUGGUGGACUAAACUUCGGAAAAUGAGGCAGGUCUUGAAUGUCAAGUCGCCGAAGAGGAAGUCGACUACAGAAUGA